GAAGAGAUGUCAGGAGCGAAAACAGCACAACAUGAAGAGAUGUCAGGAGCGAAAACAGCACAACAUGAAGAAAUGUCAGAGACAAUGUCACCAGUGUGUGUUAAGGAAUCAUUGGAAAAGACACCAGUAAGUGAUAAAUAUUUGUCAGAAAUCAACUCAACCGCUUGUGAUGAAAUGUCAGGGGUGAUGAAGUCAACUCUUUGUGGUGAGCAAUUUUCCAAAGAAAAUGCUAAUAAAUAUGAGGAACAAUUGUCAGAUAUGUUACCAACAUGUAAAGAGGAGGGAGUGAAGAAAAGUGCAUGUGGUGAAGAAUUAUUGGCACAGAAGGCAGCUGCACAUGAUGAAGAAUUGUUAGAAAAACUGUCAUCUGCAUAUUAUGAAGAUUUGUCAGCAAAAACAUCCACAGAUGAUGAUGAGGAUUUGUCAGAGAUGAUAUCAUCAGCAUGUAAUGUUGAUUUGUCAGGAGAGAGAUCCUAUGUGUGUGAUGAAGAAGUUCUUGUACCGGUACCAGUUAGCCAAAAGCAAGAAGUCUCUAAGGAUCAGGAGAAAACAUUAAAGCCUUUGAUUGAGGAUGAUGAUGAUGAUGAUGAUGAUGAUGAUGGUUGGUUUGGUCCAAGGACACUUUUCUUUUUCCCUAUAGAUUAUUUCAAGGCUGUUAGAAAAGAUGUCUGCUGAAAAAAAGAACGAAAAUUGUUAAAUAAUGAGAAUAAAG